AUGUUUCGUUACACACUUGGAAAAGUGCAAGUCUUUCUCUGCUAUCUCAUCGAGGCACUGAUACGGCUUUUGGCUGCCAUGAUUGUGGACUGUUUUCUUCCUCAAUUCAAGCACAAACGUCUCAAGCAAGACGACAAGUACUUCAGACUUGUAACCAUUCACCCACCGAAAUGGGACUACUUGAUCCGUUGUUCGGUCAAGGAAGAGGAAUUGGGCAAAGAACCCAGCUACGAGGCUCUGUCGUACACCUGGUACAUCGAUAGGGACACUGGAAGCCCCAUUGAAGGAAGAAUGCGGACAAUGAUAUGUAACGGGAAAAAGCUCAGGGUACACCAGAAUCUGUACAACGCCUUGUUACAGCUACGGAACCAAAACAGACGCUCUCCACUCUGGAUUGACGCCAUCUGCAUUGACCAAGCAAACGACAAGAAGAUGAGCGACAAUGAAAAAAAGAAAAGAAAGGCCGAGAAGAGUGCACAAGUCAGAAUGAUGAAAACGAUCUUUGGCUCUGCCAAAACAGUAGUUGUCUGGUUGGGAAGAUCCAGCAUCAUUACCAGUGUAGCUGCAACGUGGGUACGACAGGCAAUGGCAUUGCCGAAGCCAGAAAAAUACAAGGCCGUGGAGUUAAUCCAGAGUACCGUCGAAAAUCCUCACAACUACAAAGCAAUGCUUGACCUCUUGAGUACCUACGGCUAUAGUCUGGCGUUUUACUGGAUAUUUAGCCGGGGCUUUUUUGAGCGCGUAUGGACGUUGCAAGAGGUGGUUCUGGCAAAAGAAAUGCUAUUUCUCCUGGGCGAUCAAGAACUCCCCGUCCUUGAGCUGGCCAGCCAGCUUGAGACCACGGAACAAAACUACAAAAGGGCCGAAUCGAAUACCAAGGGCCCCGAUCUGCUUGCUGGAUCCUUUAGCCUGGCACUGUGCAGCCUCAAAUUUGCAUACGAUACCCGACGAGAGUUUCUGAACGGAACACCUUGCCCUCUGGAAGACGCCAUCGAGGAAAUAAGAAGACGAAAAACCACAAAGGAGCAUGACAAAUUCUUCUCUGUUGUCUUAAUAUCCCCGCCAACGGGAUACAAAGUAGACUAUGACAGACCAAUUAUUGACGUCUAUUGCGAUUGCGCCGCCCAACUUCUUCAAGGCCCCACCGGCAUUCACUUACUCUCUCUUGUUGGUCAAUUGCGACACGGCUGCACAAGUAAUCCCAGGUUCCCCGCCGCCUCUACCAAGAGGUUGAUGAAGGAUGUCAACUUGAUCCCAGGACUGCCUUCUUGGGUACCAGAUCUCAACACAGAAAUUCGGCCAAUACCCUUCCGUGACAUGCUAUGGCGUACCAACACCGAUCCUUUCAAGUCAGACAGAUCGAUGGAGGCUGAAUUCAGCUUUCACCGUGGCGGUCGGUCCUUGCGAGUCAAGGCGGCAAUCCUUGAUGUCAUCGAACACAUUGGAGAUUGCUUGGAUGUGCCGGAAAUCCAUGUCCCUUGGACCUUCUUAGAGCUCCCCACGCUCAUGGGAAAACAAUAUCAACCCACGGACGAAGACACGGUUUCUGCCUUUUGGAAAACCCUGGUUUCAGGUGAGAGAUCUGCCGUGAGCUGGCGUCGCAAGGACCAGGUGAGGGAACUCACAAACAAGGACUUCACCGAUUGGUUUGGUGUCAUGGCCGACCAGACACCUUACUAUGGUCCGCAUUCUGGAAGACACAUACUGGCAAACAGUGAUAUGCAAUUUAGCGACAGAGAGGCCGCAGAACUCGACAAGAAAUCCGGCUUUACCUAUUACUACAUCGCACUCAGAGCCAAGGCCAAACGGAGAAUCAACACGAUUCGAAAGUUUAUUGAUACUUUCGACUGUGAGGAGUACCCUCUUCGUAAUAAAAUUGAGGAGAGGUACGAGCGAAAACGUCAACAAAAAUUUCACGAAGCCAGGUAUUACGUCGGUUUCGAGCCCCGGUACAGUGAAUCAGCAGAUCCUCCGCCUUACCAGAAUGUAUUCGAAACGCGAUAUCUGCACCGCUGUUUGUUCUUGACCAAAAAGAAAUACCUAGGCACGGGGCCUUGGACGAUUAAGGAGGGAGACGUUGUCAUGCUUGUUGCAGGAGCGGAGCAGCCUUACGUAUUCCGAUCACUUCACAAGAAUCCAGACACCUGGGAGCUCAUCGGGGAGGCUUACUGUCAUGGUUUCAUGUCCGGAGAAGCUCUGCAUCUACCGGAUUUGAAGUUCGAGAUGAGAGAGAUUGUCUAA